UUUCUAAUCUCUCUUUUGAAGAAAUGACUUCUGGGUGGAAAAAAAGAAAAGAACUUCUCUAAAAAGUCACGUGUGCUUAUCACAGCAGCUAGGACCAUAGCGGGGAACAUCUCACAAACUGAAUAAGCCAUGCCAAAUCAAGAUUCAAAGUAAGUGCAGCAUAAGAAAGAGCAAUCCAGUCCUUGAGGUUUUAUUAACGUGCAACUGAAAAAAGAUCAGAGGGAGAUCUAAUCUGUCAGAGUGCUUACAUGCAAAAUGGAGAACCCGCUGGUAUUAUCCUCUCAGCUCAACUCAGCAUCAAGAGUGAAAUCUCUCUGUAAAAUCAUGAAAUCCUUGAACAGAGAAGGGGCAAAGCCAGACACAGGAGACAGGUCUCUUGAAAAGAGGAACCGGCUAAGUCUUUUGCAUAAGUCUGAAUUGCACCCAGAUAUGAAUUUUGACAAAUUUGAAAAACUAGCGAAAGCAUCAAGUGAGUCCCCUGAAGCUGUAAAAAAAUGGGCUGAAUCUUUUGACCAGCUGAUUUCUCACAAAGGUGGCUUAGAUGCAUUCAUCAAGUUUUUGAGAAGCGAGUUCAGUGAAGAGAACAUUGAGUUUUGGAUGGCAUGUGAAGAGUAUAAGAAAAGCAAAGAUGCCUCCCAACUUCUACUCAAAGCAAAGACAAUUUAUGAGACAUUCAUUGAAAGAGAAUCACCAAAAGAGGUCAACCUUGAUUUUAAUACCAAAGUCUCUGUAAAUCAGAAUAUGGUUCAUCCAACGCAAAACACGUUUGAUGCUGCACAGAACAAAAUUUAUGCCUUGAUGGAACAAGACAGUUAUCCGCGCUUCUUAAAGUCCAACCUUUACUUAGACUUACUUCAUGGCAGACCUUUAGGCUGUUCAGCUCUUCGGCGGAGAUCACGUUCUUUUACCUUCAAUGACUUCAAAGAUGCUCAGCCAGAUUUUGCUGUCUGGCUGUAAAUGUUAGCUUCCCUUUGACCCCAUCUUCAUGCCAAUGAAGGGGCAGCAUUACCUCAAAUAGUUUAGAUGAGGAAAGUUAUCAUAGAACCCACAGAAUUGUUUCCAUUUUAUUUUAACUUGUUUACUUGUAGAUGAUCGUAUCCAUAUCCAUCCAUAUCCAUCGUAUCAGUUUCACCUAUUACAUGGAUUGCCAAGAACUUUUUAUUCUCAGAUACUCUUUAUAAAAUUAGGCCUUUCUGAGUUGCAAAAAUUUGGAUGACCAUUAAAGAGGGACAAAGAGUUAGUUUUAUAUUUUUUCACUGCCAUCUAGUGAUCAUCUGUAUUUCUACAAUUCAUAUAUAUUACACCUAGUACUGUGAAGGUCAAGUCCCUAAUAAACAGUAGCACAUUUAACAAUAAUCGCUAUGCACAUGCACAGCCAUAAAUAGAAAUAUGUUGGAUUGUGUACAAAAUCCAAAUAUAAUAUGUGACAUAAAAGCAGGGAAUUCCUGCCUCUUACAGUGUGGGAAUGAUUUUUGUAUGAACAUCAGAUAGCAUUAUUCAUCAAGCAUUAGAGCUAUCCGUUUGCUUUUUUUAUAUUCUGUGAAGCAAUAUAUCACAUUCUGAGAGAAUGUGUGAAAAAGUGUGAAAAUAUUCAUGCUCAACAUUAUGCUUCCUAAUGUGAAAGAGUGAACAGAUACAUUCAACAAUUUAGAAAGAAUAAACACAUAGUCAGAAGUUUGAUUUUAAAUGGGACCUAGAAAAACAUUGAACAAAUUGAGGAUGAACUCUUUAGAAAUUCAAUUUGGUGAAAUAGUUAAGCAUCAAGCCAGAACCUAAAAGACCACAAGCAUGAAGCCUGUUAGGAGACCUGGGACCAGUCACUGCCUCUCAGUUCUAGGAAGCAGCAAUAGGAAACCAUGUCUGAAAACCUUCCCAAGAAACCUGGAGGGACUUAUUCAGGCAGCUGUCAGGAGUCAGUACUGACUUGAAGAUACCCACACAACAAAAAGCAAUAAAACUUAUAGAAUGUAGGGGGGGGGUUGAUUCCUGAUUAAAUCUUCUUAGAUACUGUAAUUAAAAAAAGGACAAAGAAGCAUGGUAUUUUCCCUUCCCUGUGAAACCACAAGCAGAAAUCUUUUUUUGACAUAGGUAUAAAAUUGUAAGCUUGAAUGAGAGGACAAAUAAUUCAGAAAAAAAUACUUAUUUUUUUUUCAAACCUGCUGUCGAGGUUUAACUACUUACAACCUAAUCUUUCAUAAAAUAAAGUGAUUGGUUGCCAUGGGAACUAGGUACUUAGACAACUCUUUGUUAGAAUUAGGCCAUUUUGAGAAAGCUCUGACUAGGAGUAAAAGGAAUAAACUAACCUAUGAUAUUAUGCAAUGUUCGCCUCCCAAGGAUAUCCCUGAAGAUAAUCCAUAUAACUGUAUGUGUGAUGAGAGAAUGUGUACAAAGGCAAAGAAAGAGAUGAGGAACGUUGCGUUUCCAAUUCUGUCAGAAUCUGCCUUAAAAUCUUAUGCAGGGUACUGUACUUCAGUUUUCUGUGAAAAACUGUACCAUUUGUAUGUUCACUCUGUACAUUUGUAAAUAAAAGCAUAGUGUGACAUUCCGA